GCGGAGCUGUGCACUGCAUGGCACACUUAUAAACCUCUGGACGCUCUCCCUCUGCUGAUUUCCAGCAGGAACAGUCACUUUGGUCUGCAGGCCUGUGAGAAAGUGAGGGGAAUCUUUUUGGGCAUCAUGGACGAUGACUUUGACCGCCGCAUGGAGCAGAGGAGGCAGAGGAGAGAGCAGAUGCGCCUCGAAGCUGAAAAGGGGGGCUUCACCAAUGAAGAUGAUGAGGAGGAAGCUCGGGAGCGAAGGAGGCGUGCGAGAGAGGAGAGGAAGAAGAUGAGAGAUGCAGAGGAACCUGGAACCACCGAUGUGAUCGAUACGAACAGUGUGACGGAGACCGAGUCCUCCACGGCCGGUACUGAAGGAGGAGAUGAUGACCAGGCUUUGCUGGAGCGCCUGGCCAGGAGGGAGGAGCGCCGGCAGAAGAGGAUGAAGGACGCCAUGGAGAGACAGAAAGACCUCGACCCCACAGCCGGCACCACCAACGGCACCGAGGAGGCGGAGGAGCAGUCGUCUAUCGACGACAGCAGACAGGAACAUGCAGGGGAUGAGGAAGAAAAGAAGGAGGAGAAAUGUGCCCAGGAAGAGGUGGCAGAGGCUGAUACUAACUCCUGGAGGAAAGACGAAGAAGACAAGAAGGAGGAUGAGAAGGAAUCCACUGAAGAAUCGCCAACACCAACCACAAGGAAUGAAGAGGAGACUGAGGAGAAAACUGCAGAAACGGAGGUGAAGGAUGAACAGCCCAGUUCAGAAAACAAAGAAGAGGAAGCUGCUCUUGAUGUUGACAACGAGGAAGAAGAAAGGAAGAGGAAAGAAGAAGAAGAACAACAGCAAAAAGAAAUGGAAGAACAGCAGAGGAUAGAGGAGGAAGAGAGAGACAACACCAAGGCCCAAGAUGCGGAGCAACAGGAGGCCGAGCGUAAACUGCAAGAGCUCAAGCGGCGACGAAACAACGAGGAGAGGAAGAGGAUGAAGGAGGAGAUUGAGAAAAGGAGGGCUGAGGCUGCAGAGAAGAAGAAGCAGAAGGAGGAAGAGUCCACAACACCUGCUUUUGCUAUCAGCCCUAAAGGCUCCUCUAAGAUCGGGGAGAAGGCAGAAUUCCUGAGCAAAUCAGCCCAGAAAAGCACCACAGCCCGAGUGUCACACACCCCAAUUGUCUCCAGGAUUGGCAACAGACUGGAACAGUACAAUACUGCCAUCCAGGGAAACAAAGAUCCAAAAUCCCCAAAGUCUCCGAUGGCAGAUAUUCCUACAGGAGGCACACGCAGCAUCAAAAGUAUGUGGGAGAAAGGCAACGUUGGAAGCCCCUCUGAAAGUCCAGCUCCUGCAAACAAGGAUUUGGCCGGCAUCAAAGGAGGCGUGUCUGGACGGGUCAACAGCUGGAUGGCGAAGCCUGCAGAGGCGGAGAAGACAGCAGCACCGGCACCUGCAGCAGCAGCAGCAGCACCAGCAGCAUCACCAGCCGCAGCAAAGCCAGCAGAUGUGAAACCAAGUGACAUCGGUAACAAGCGUGGCAUGUGGGAAACCAAGAAGGCUUCUACGCCUGGCAAGGUGACAAUCGGAGGCAAGAGCAAGUUUGUCACUAAUGCAGGCGUCAGACCCUAACUGUUGACAUCCCUGUUAAAUCAAGUCCUACCUGAGCAAACGCAGGGCUCUGCUGCUGUUUGUGCAUCUCUUCCCCUUCUUCACACCUGCAUUUCGCAUGAGGAUCACACCAGAAUAAGGAAACAAGGAAGGCCCGUUUCCCGACAUCAAAGCCUUCCUGCUAUAUCUUCACAGUAUGAGUAGCUUCACACUGCUGCCUACUUCAGCUCAGCCAACCUCUGAGAUUGUCUUUCAAAAAAUUAAAAGAUAUCAAUGUGCUUUUUAACAUAUGUUACCUGAUUUUUGUUUCAAAGGUUUUCAAAGAACACCUAGUGGUAGUCUGUCAGGAUAAUUCCGUGUUACUUUGCUAUCAAUCCACAGCAACAUGUUCAAUAUUCUUAUAAUGUAUUUGAUGCUAAUGUCAUAUAGCUUUUACAAAGUAAUGCGCAUUUUUUUUGCUUUGUGGUUUCAUAUACUCACUGCUUUUUGUGAUGGCAGUCACAGGUUUGACCCUGUAGAAAGUAUCCUACCGCUCAGCUGGACGUUGGGUGGAAAGCAUGUACAUAAUUGAUUUGUUUUUAUGAGGUGGUGCCACUUUCUGCUAUGACGCUCUUCGUAAAGGGUUUAUAGAUAAUAAGAAAUGGCCUUUGCUGUUAAUGUAUCCUGUAUGAUCGCUUUAUAGAUCAGUUAGAAGCCAUCAGGAAGAACAGCUCUGAGGUGGCCAAGUCAUAAAGGAACUCCUCUGGCUGGUGUUUAAUCUUUUGCUGCCACUUUUUAAAACGGAAUCAUUCUGCUUAAGGACUUCAGGCUUAAUUAAUUACUGACUACAGAAUGAUUGUUCCAUUUUAAGGCAAAAAUAAGCACAACUUUAAAGAUGCCAGAGGACAGCAGAAUUUGAACUUCCACAUAGAAACAUAAAUAUCUUUUUAUACAGGCAUUUAUGUUAAAAUACAUUUUGUAAUCAUUUUAGUGAACGUCUCACUUCCAUGUUGUGCCAUCAUCACGGCAAUAUUUAAAUGUGUUGAAGUCUUUGGUUGACUUUGCAAAUACCUGCAUAACUAAUGAUAUUACUGCAAUGUUUUGCUGUAUUUUGCUUACUGCAAAGCAAAUCAUACAAACAGGCUAAACUGAAAUGGAAAACAUGUAAAUGUCAUACUUGUUAAACAGCGUAAUGUCCUUUAUCAUGUGUUGCAUGACAUUAGCAUUUAUCUCAAAACACAGAGUCACUUAUCCCCUUAUAAGCUUUGACCAAAGUCCAUUUAUCAACAACUCAUUAACCUUUACAACUGCAACAGAGCGGAUUUUUGAGGCAUCAAUGGCUUUUCAGCAUUUAUAGCUUCAGACAUGAUGCCUUCUUGAGAAACGAGUAUCAUAAGUCACAAAGUUCAUAAAUCCUUUAUGACGGGGGUCGUAUUAUAAAGUGGUACUUAAGAGUCCACCUCAGACCAGAAGGUUCUAUCAGUGGCACAUUCUGCUCAGGACUGCAGCCAAAGAACAACAGUGUGCAACAUUUCUGUGAAAAACACCUGAGUUUGUUACCUUCUGGACUUGUAUCAGUUAAAAAUCACAUUGUUUUGUAAUAUAAACACCAACACAGUCCAUUAAUACCGGUAUAUGCAACUAUCCAGUGACCAAAUGCAAAUAUAUUUAACAAGCAGGCAAAAGCCCGACAUCUUAGCUCAUCUAUCAUCAGUUUACAAGCCACUCAGUUCUUUUUUGCAUUGCAGUAAAGGUUUUCAAUUGCAAUAUUCAGUCUGUUUUAUCAAAGCCUGUAAUUCAGUGUUUCUGUCAGCACACGAGUUGAAUCCUGCCGGAAUGUAAUGUGAGUCGCUCAGUAUUGUUGUGGUGGUUUGAUUUGUUUGAAUUUAUUGUUUGUACGGCUUCAGCAAU